AUGGCCAUGCUGUGCUUGCGGAGCGGGUCGCUGAAGGAGGAGGAGCUGCUGAAGGUGGGUUAUGCCAAGGGCGUGGUGCAGAGCUCGCGGCGCCGGCCGCGGGGAGCCGUGCCGGAGGAGGACAUACCUUUGAGGCGGCGCUCUCAGGCGCAGACAGUGGAGCAAGAUGUGGCUCCUGAUAGGUCCUCGCCGGGCGGGUCCCUGGAGGCGUCCCUGGAGGCCGCCGCCUCGCUGGCGGCGUCGCUGGAGGAGGUGGAGUUGCUGGCUGCGUCCGUGGAGGCGCAGUGCGACCUGCCCUCGUGCUCUGCGCCCUCCGCGGCCCGGCUGCCCGGGCCGCGGGCGCCGCGCGCGGCGCGCGGGGGGCGCCCUGGCCCGAGACAGGACGCAGCACACUCUCCUGCGCAGCCGCCCGCCUCCAGCGGGCUGCGCCCCGCCCCCGGCUUCCUCAUCUCCUUCCUGAGGCCCGCGCCCCCGCUGCCGCCGCCCGACGGCUCCGACACCGACGAGGCCUCGCCGGAGGGCAACCGCGUUGAAUCCACCACCGCGAGUUCAGCGACAACCAGCUUUUAUUAUGGCGCUCGCGCUGCGGCUUCGUACUCAAGAGGCUGA